AAGAAAAAUCUAAUUUUCCUUUCGUCAGCUGUUAAAUGUCAAAAAUAAGGUGGAAAAAUUUUUUGUAAUUUUUAGAAAAAAAGUACAAUAAUAAAUAGUUUUUUUUUUUUGUGAAUAAAUAAUGGCGUGGUUAUCGGGAUUGGCUGGAAAGGCUGAAACAUUAUUAAAUAAAAUUGACCAAAAUACCGCAGCAGUAUUGAAUAAAGAGAAAAAUGAUAAUUUAACGGAGGUUAUGUGGAUGCCACCAAAUGAAAAUUCGGAUGAUAUUGUUCGCGAUGUUGCUCAAAAUAUUUCAUAUAAUUCAAUAUCAAAUGUUGAGAUUGCAGCGCAAUCGAGUGUAAAUAUUGUUAAUGAUGACGAAUUAAUGACGUAUUUAAAUACACCUGUUGUCACUCCAACGAGAAAUUUACAAAAUACCGAAAAUGGUGAUUUAAUUCUUCAUUUGCCAUCAGAUGAACCAAAUUUGCAAAUAGAAGUCGAUUCUUCUGAUACUUCUAGUGUUAGAAGUGUCGAGGCAGUAUUUAAUAUUGAUGAAUUAACAUCGCAAAUGACGAAUUCAAGCACAAAAAAUAAUGACAAUACACGUGAAUUACUGGAUGUUUGUGAAAAUUUGCCAACUGAUCAUUCAACAAUCGAUGAUAAUGAAUGCAAUUUUCCUGUAAAAAAGGUAGAAUCAAAAAUAUUUUCAACCAAUGAUAAUUUAAUGAGAAAAAAACAAAUACAAUUUCAAAAAAAUGUUGACGAUAAAAAAGGUUUAAUUGAUAAACAACAAACUGAUUAUCAAAAGGAAAUUAAUGCUCUAAAUGAUAAAUUACAAUCAUUUAGAAUUGAGAGAAUUCAAUUUUCAAAAACAAUAACUGAAUUACAAUCAAAUUUAGAUAGAAAUCGUUCUGAAUUAAAUUUAACAAGAUCUGAAUUAGAACAACAUCGUGCAAGGGCUUUGAAAACAUUACAGGAAAAGGAAAAAUUAAUUACAGAAUUAAGAGGAAAUGCAAAUUCAGGACUCGAUGAAGCUUCAACAAUGGAGCUGAAUCAAUUAAGACAAGAGCGAGAAGUUCUUCGUGAGGAAAAUCAACAAGUUUGUGAACAAUUAAGAUUGUCAAGAGAGGAAUUAAUAGCGGCUGAUUUAAAAUUAGAGAAUUUUAGACAAAAAAUUAUUGAAAUUAGUAAACAAGCUCAAGAGACAAUUGCCACUGAGAGAAGAAGACGACUCGAUGCUGAAGAUGAUGCCAGACAACAUACGGAGGAAGCGAGAGCUCUGAAAGAACAAUUUAUUCUUCAAGAAAACAGUACAUCGUUAAAAUUGAGAAAACAAGAGGCGGAAAUUUCAAGAAUAAGAUCACAAUUAUCGGCAGCAUUGACACCAAGUAGUGAAGUUGAAUCGCGAUUAGCGACACUAACACAAACUUUAGUAUUAAAGCAACAAGCCUUGGAAAGUUUAACAACAGAGAGAAAUGCAUUAAGAUUACAGUUAGAAAAAAUAGAGAUGGAAUACAGAAAUUCAAGAAAAACUUUAUUGUACAGCAGUAAUGAUACUGAUGAUGCAAAAGCUCAGGUUCCUUCUUUUCUAAUGGAAACUCCAUUUGACACAAGCGUUACACGUCGUGUAAAAAGAGCCUACUCCUCAUUAGAUGCUAUUAGCAUACGAACUGGUGUCUUUUUACGACGAUAUCCUUUGGCGAGAAUUUUAAUAUUAAUUUACAUGGGUCUGCUUCAAUUAUGGGUGAUUAUUGUUCUCUUUUCUCAAUCACCAGAAGCUCACUGAUUAUUUUUCAACAAAGUGAUAAAAAAACCGAAUCAUUUAUUUUGUUAAUAUAUGUAGUUUGUUAUUUCUAUUUUUAUUUAAAAUUUAUUUUAUUAUAUUAUAGUGUCAAAAAAAAAAUAUCUAGUAAGAUUAAUGUACAGAGAGUAUAUUUUUUAUACUUGAAAAACUUUUUGUCGUUAAAAGUAUAAAAAUAAAAAAAAAACAUUGUCGUUUUUAAUUUAA